UCUACGUCCCGUCUCCGGGUCCAAUCCGACCCCAUCCCAGAGCCUAACCUCACCCCGCGGGGAAGGAAACUAGGACUUGUUCUCCGAGGCUGGAUGAAGAAGGAGUCAACAUUUCUCUCGCUGCCUGAAGUACCUCUGGCACCGGGAGCCGGAGUGCCGGCCACUUCCGCCCCUGGCGUCCGGAAGCGGAAGUGCGCGGCUGCGGCGUCGGGUGCCGUGGGCCGCGCAGUGCGCUGCGGUGGGAGUGUCUCCGGCCGAUCUGCAGGGAGGACGCCUCAUGAGACCUUAAAUCCUGGCUCUGGUGUUAUGGAGUCCGUCACCCUUGAGGAUGCGGCGCUGCCGCUCAGCCAGCAGUGGGCGUUGCUGGCCGGCGCGCGGAGGAACCUGUGUCGAUUCGUGAUCCUGGACGAGUGCCGGACUCUGGCCCCCAGGGACUGGGACCCUCCACUUAAACCCAGAGCGCCUCGUCCUGUGCAGGACACUGUGGCGGGAAAGUCGUCCCCGGGUUUGCAAAUGGGGCCGCGGCUGGACCUGGGGAUGCACAUCACGCCCACAGUUGGAGACAGAGAGACACCUUCGAUUCCGGAGGACAGGCCAGCUCUCCGGGUGUCGCCUUGGUCUCCUGGAUGUACAGCGCUGAAGGAGGCUGUGCACAUUCAGAGGGUUGGCAUGCCGGUGCCUGCGCUGAGUCUCCCUGAGCUGAGGAUGGCCAUAGGUUCUGCUCUGCUUGCCGGGGACCCUGGCUGGGUGCAGAAGGGGCGCACGGAGGAGGAGUCUGUGGUUCCUGGGAUACCGGGCCGCUGUCCACAGGAACCAGUCACCUUCGAGGAUGUGACUGUGUUGUUCACCCCAGAAGAAUGGAUGUUUCUAGACUCCGCCCAGAGAAGCCUGUACAGAGAUGUGAUGCUGGAGAACUAUAGGAACCUGGCCUCCGUGGGCGGUCAGCUAGGCACACCCAGCUGGCUUUCCCAUUGGGAGCAAGGAGAAGGGCGGCGGCCCACGGAGAGAAGAGUCUUCCCGGAAAACUGUCCAGAACCGCAGCCUCCACCCCAAGAUUCAAUUCCUAACCAAGAGAUUUUUGGAGGGAUUCCAUCUGUUGGCAUGAAAAGGGAGCAGCCUCACACGGCACCAACACUCUAUAAAUGCGGCGCACCCGGAAGACCCCUUGCCGGCCUCGGACCCCUUUUCCAGUACCAGGGGCCUCCCGCCGGAGGCGACCCCCGUGCUUGCCAAGAGGGCGCCAAGCCCUUCUUCCAGCCCGCCCGCCUCACGGUGCCCGCGAAAGCCCGCCGUGGGGACAAAGCCUUCGCGUGUGGCCAGUGUGAGAAGGCCUUCAGGUACAGCUCGGACCUGGUCCGGCACGAGCGGACUCACAGCGCCGAGAAGGGCUUCGCAUGCCCGGAGUGUCGCCGCGCCUUCAAGUACUCCUCGAACCUGCGGCGCCACCUGAGGACGCACACGGGCGAGAAGCCCUUCGCGUGCGCCCAGUGCGGGAAGACCUUCACGAGGAACUUCAACCUGAUCCUGCACCAGAGAAACCACUCGGGCGAGAAGCCCUACGAGUGCCGGGACUGCGGGAAGGCGUUCACGCAGCCGUCGUCUCUGCGCAGCCACGCGAGGACGCACAGCGGGGAGAGGCCCUUCGGCUGCGCGCAGUGCGGCAAAGCCUUCCGGGAGCACUCGUCGCUGAAGACGCACCUGCGGACGCACACGCGGGAGAAGCCGUACGAGUGUCAGCAGUGCGGGAAGCCCUUCCGCACGAGCACGCACCUGAGCGUGCACCGGAGGACGCACACCGGCGAGAAGCUUUACGCGUGCGCCACGUGCGGCCAGGUGCUGAGCCGCCUGUCGACGCUCAAGAGCCACAUGCGGACGCACACCGGCGAGAAGCCGUACGCGUGCCGGGAGUGCGGGCGCGCCUUCCGCGAGCCCUCCUCCCUCAGGAAGCACGCCCGGACGCACACGGGCGAGAAGCCGCACGCGUGCCGGGAGUGCGGGCGCGCCUUCGGGCAGUCCUCGCACCUCGUCGUGCACGUGAGGACGCACGCGGCAGGGAGGCCCUACGCGUGCAGCCAGUGUGACAAGGCCUUCAGGCACAGCUCCUCGCUCAGCGUGCACAGGAGGGUUCACCUGCCGCUGCCGGUGUCCCCGCCGCGCGCCGGGCCCCUUGCUGAUUAACGCUCGACUUGUAGUUUUAUUUAUUUUAUUUUAUUGUUUAAUUAUUAGAGAGAGUGCACGUGUGAGAGCGGGGGAGGGGCAGAGGGAGGGCGAGAGUCCCAAGCAGGCUCCACGCUCGGGUGCGGGACUCGGCCCCACACCCCUGGGGUCGUGCCUUGAGCCGAAACCGAGAGUCGGACGCCCAGCCGACCGGGCCAGCCGGGCGCCCUCCGAGGUUCCUGCGACUGUAAACGUUCCAGGCUAAAACGGUCUCUCGUGGUACUUGUCUGGGUCACGUCACACGUUUCGAUGGAUAAUAUUUUCCUUUUGGUUGAAAUCUAAGUAUUGUCUUCGUUUCUGUUAUCACUGAUUCUUUGGCCCGUGAGGUAUCUGUAAUUAGAUUUUAAAAUCCCGGGACCUGGGUAUAUUUUUCCAGAGGUCUGAUUACUCAGAGCGAAACGCAUAAACCUUAGGUGUACGGCUGGAGGACUCAGACGCGCCCGUACGUGUGUGUAACCAACACGCCUUUCAAGGUACACAACAUUUCUGUCGUUCUGGAAAGUUCCUGCAUGUGUAUGGGUGUGGGUUUUGUUUGUUUUUUAGUUGCCCUUUUGUUGUCUGUUUUUAAUUUACUGACACUGUGAGCAGAAAACGUGGUCUUUCUAUUAUUGAACAUUAGGCACCUGUUGUGUUCUCAAUCUGGCACAUCCUGCUAGUCGCCUGUCGAAUCCGCCCCUGUGUGCAAACAGACCCGAUGCCCCGGGCUCGCGGAGCCGCCCGACGGCCACGGUAGAGGCUGCAGGCAGAGGAGAGCCGCGAAAUCACAGCCGCUCCCCCGCUGGUAUCUGUGUGCGGCUGCCCUGCACUCCGUGUUUCUGAAUGUCCUGUUUUGCGGGAAAGAUGCACUUCUUAGUGGCACAGGACAUUGCUAUUUUGGGGAGGGGGCCGGGGCGGGAAGGGAUGCGUUUAUUACGGCUGAGCGUGUGCUCAGUGUUCAUAAAUGCUUCCUGUGUCGUUGAAACCAAUAUAUUGUAUUCUGCAUGUGUCCCCUAGAUAGAGCAUAUUAUCCGGGUUUCAAAAUCUACACGUUUAUAGGUUUUGGUCUCUGUCUUCGUCUGUUCGGGCUGCAUAACAAAACUACCAUAGGCUGGGCGGCUUAUGAACAGCAGAACUUUCUUCUCGUAGUUCUGGAGGCUUGAGUCCGAGAUCAGAAUGCGGGCAGAUAUGGUGUCUGGGGAGGGUGGUUCGUACAUGGCUGUCUUCGUCCUGUGUCCUCACGUGGCCGAGAGACAGCAAGGGACUCCGUGGGGUGUCUUUUAUAAGGACACUAGUCCCAUUCCUAAGGGCUCCAUCCUUCUGACCUACUCACCUCCUGAAGCCCCCACCUCCUUAUACCACCCAGAGUGGGAAUAAGGCUUCAGAAUGUGAAUGGGGUGAUGGGGGGGGGGCGGGGACACCAGUGUAUCCGUCUUUGAUCUGUUUACCUGAAGAGC